AUGUCGGGUACGACAGCUUCUCAAUGGGAGUCCCUCAUGGCCGAGGUGAUGUGGCGCAGUGUCGUGAAAGGAAACGUAUAUUCCUUUUUUGACUUCAUCAAGGAAAUCUAUCCUCUUGACAAGCCAUCAGUAUAUACCUACAGCACUCCACUGUUUGAUUCAUGGACAGGUUCAGAUACAGAAAACGAGAAAAUGGAACCUGCAUUUUCAUAUGCCAAUUCGGAAUCCGAAACAGAGAAUGAAUCUGACAUGGAAGAUUAUGGACAAGAAAGACAUUAUCCAUCUUGUGAGAACGAAACUAGCACUUCGGGUGAGGGACAAGAUAGAAAUAAUUCGUCUUUAGAAAGAACUUUAACUGCAACAUGUGAAGAUCCACUUAAUACAACCUUGACUGAUAGUCCAACAAUUUGCGGAUUUUCAGGGUUUCCAACACAUGUUGAGCAAAAGAACAACUUAACACUUGAUACAACAAUAAAUUAUAGUGAGUUGAAUAUGAAUAAGAAAAGUAAAACUGACAAUGUGUGUGCCCCAUCUGGCUUUGUACAGGUGAAAGUUGAUGGAAAGAAAAAGAAAAGAAAACUUGUAAAAUCAAAAAAACCAUCACUACCGACAUUACGAUCAGACUGGUCAUCAGAUGACGAUUUUGCAUGAAUUAAUUGAUAUUAAUAAUUUAUUUUCUUUUGACAUUAUGCCCAAAUUUGGCGUCAUUUAGACAUGAAAUGGCGAAAUCAUCAAGUUUUGAACAGCAGUGGUCAUAACGUUAAAUGUAGAAAUAUGACGUUCGUUAAAAAACUGAAAAUGUGUGCGAUUGUUAAACUUUGUCAACAAAUUGGCUAUACUCCUUCAGAUACAUACGAAAACAUAAACUUAACACAGAACAAUUAAUCGGCUAUCAGGAUACUCGUUCUCAGCUUGCGCAAGUUAUUCAAAAACUGCACAUACGAGAUCACAAACAUGAAAGGAUGAGAAUGAUAGCGGGAAAUCGACGGGACGUUAGUGACGUCAACUGAAAAAGCGCUACAAAAUGAUCGACGGUAAACAGUCCACGAACUGUCCCACAUGUUUGAUUUUUUGCAUCGGAUCUAUUGAUUCAGUUCUGCCAAAUGAUUUGUUUCAAACAAAAUUCUCUUUCAUUUAACUAGAUAUACGUGUUAUCA